CGGCGGGCGCGCGCGGCGCAUUUCCGCCUCUGGCGAAUGGCUUGGCUGUAGCGCGCGCUGCGGGCCCAGCUGCGACCCCGGCCCCGCCCCCGGGACCCCGGCCAUGGACGACCUGUUUCCCCUCAUCUUCCCGUCUGAGCCUGCCCAGGCCUCCGGCCCCUAUGUGGAGAUCAUCGAGCAGCCCAAGCAGCGGGGCAUGCGCUUCCGCUACAAGUGCGAGGGGCGCUCCGCCGGCAGUAUCCCGGGCGAGAGGAGCACUGAUACCACCAAGACCCACCCCACCAUCAAGAUCAAUGGCUACACUGGGCCAGGGACAGUUCGCAUCUCCCUGGUCACCAAGGACCCCCCUCACCGGCCUCACCCCCAUGAGCUUGUGGGGAAAGACUGCCGGGAUGGCUUCUAUGAGGCUGAGCUCUGCCCAGACCGCUGCAUCCACAGCUUCCAGAACCUGGGGAUCCAGUGUGUAAAGAAGCGGGACCUGGAGCAGGCCAUCAGUCAACGCAUCCAGACCAACAACAAUCCCUUCCAAGUUCCCAUAGAAGAACAGCGUGGGGACUACGACCUGAAUGCGGUGCGACUCUGCUUCCAGGUGACAGUGCGGGACCCGGCAGGCAGGCCCCUCCGCUUGUCACCUGUCCUCUCUCAUCCCAUCUUUGACAACCGUGCCCCCAAUACCGCCGAGCUCAAGAUCUGCCGAGUGAACCGAAACUCUGGGAGCUGCCUCGGGGGGGAUGAGAUCUUCCUGCUGUGUGACAAGGUGCAGAAAGAGGACAUUGAAGUAUAUUUCACCGGACCAGGCUGGGAGGCCCGAGGCUCCUUUUCUCAAGCUGACGUCCACCGACAAGUGGCCAUUGUGUUCCGGACACCUCCCUACGCUGACCCCAGCCUGCAGGCCCCCGUGCGUGUCUCCAUGCAGCUGCGGCGGCCUUCAGAUCGGGAGCUCAGCGAGCCCAUGGAAUUCCAGUACUUGCCAGACACAGAUGAUCGUCACCGGAUUGAGGAGAAACGCAAAAGGACAUAUGAGACCUUCAAGAGCAUCAUGAAAAAGAGUCCUUUCAAUGGACCCACCGACCCCCGGCCUCCACCCCGGCGCAUUGCUGUGCCUUCCCGAAGCACAACUUCCGUUCCCAAGCCAGCUCCCCAGUCCUAUCCCUUUACGCCGUCCCUCAGCACCAUCAACUUCGAGGAGUUCUCCCCCAUGGUCUUUUCUUCGGGGCAGAUCCCAAACCAGACCUCUGCCUUGGCCCCGGCCCCUGCCCCAAUCCUGGCCCCAGCCCCUGCCCCAGCCCCUGCCCCAAUCUUAGCCCCAGGCCUUGCUCAGGCUGUGGUCCCCCCAGCCCCCAAGACCACCCAGGCCGGGGAAGGGACGCUGUCAGAGGCCCUGCUGCAGCUGCAGUUUGAUGCCGACGAAGACCUGGGGGCCCUGCUGGGCAACAGCGCUGACCCCGCCGUGUUCACAGACCUGGCAUCCGUUGACAACUCUGAGUUUCAGCAGCUCCUGAACCAGGGUGUAUCUGUGGCCCCACACACAGCCGAGCCCAUGCUCAUGGAGUACCCUGAGGCAAUAACGCGCCUGGUGACAGGGUCCCAGAGGCCCCCUGAUCCAACUCCUGCUCCCCUAGGGGCCUCUGGGCUCCCCAACGGCCUCCUCUCAGGGGAUGAAGACUUCUCCUCCAUCGCAGAUAUGGACUUCUCAGCCCUUCUGAGUCAGAUCAGCUCCUAAGUGGGUGACACUUACCCCGCCUGGAGCACUGGGUUGCAGGAGAUUGAAACCCUCCCAAAGCGAGCACUUAUGGAUUCUGGGGGGGAUGGGGUGUGCUCCAACUGCCCCCAACUUCUUUGGGUAAUGUCUUCUGGGGGGGUGCAUUUUAUUCUUUUAUUGGCAGUGUCUAUCUCUCUCUCUUUUUGGAGGUGCUUAAGCAGAAGCAUUAACUUCUCUGGAAAGUGGGGAGCAGGGAGGACUCAAACUCUUCCCCUAUCCUGAUGUUCACCCCCUUUCUCUUUAUAGGGAAUUCUGGGGGCUCCCAUCCCUACCCUCCAGCUUCUAAUACUCUCCUAGAGAGAGGGACAGGCUGGAGCUAUGGCCUUUGAGGCCACAAAGCCUUAUCACCAAGUGUCUUCCUCAAAUCCUGGAUUAUUCCCACCUUGUGCCAAAAUAAUGACCCUUACCAGCCCCUCUGUGGUGCUGGCAUUGUCCUUGAACUAACACCAGCAUUUGAGGGCCUGGCCUGGCCCCUCCUAGGAUCCAGGGAGGUUCGGUCUGAGACUCCUCUGUUUCCCCUUUUCUCAAGUGCCUUGAUAGUAGGGCUAGUUGUUUGGAGAGUAGGGGGGAGGGCAGGCUGGCAGCUCUCCAAUCAAGAGGCUCAGUUUUUACUGAAGAAUCGAAGCAGUUGGACUCUUGCUCUUUCUACUCUGAACUAAUAAAUUCAUUGCCAAGCUGG